AUGAAGGCCAUCCACAAAAAGAAAAAAGAAAAACAAGUCAGCCUCAAGGUCAAGGCAUCUGUGCACAACUUGAGCAAAACUCAGCAGACCACACUCACCGUGGGCAGCCUGGGGCUCGGCAUGAUCCUCAUCCAGCAUGGGCCCUACCUCCAGAUCACCCACCUCCUCAAGAAGGGGGCCGCAGCCAGGGAUGGAACACUCCAGCCAGGUGAUGUUCUGAUUCAUGUUGGCCAAGCCAAUGUGUUAGGAUAUACUCUUCGGGAAUUUUUAAAGCUUUUGCAACAAAGCACCAUAGGAGCAGUGCUGCAGAUCAAGGUUUACCGAGAUUUUAUUGACAUACCUCAAGAAUGGCAAGAAAUAUAUGAUUUAAUCCCUGAGACCAAAUUCCCAGUAACACGCACAACAAAGGAAACCGAGCAGGCAAAAGAUGACUCUUUUACAAGCAAUGACAAGGAGGAUGUAGUUUUGGAUAAAAAACUUAAUUAUUAUAAAUCCGCACAGCCCACUGGGCACCCUCCUGCAAGGAGACCCAUGUCGAUCUCCAGAGAGUGGCAUGAAUAUAAAAAGAAGAGCCAGACUGUCAGCGUAGGAACAGACACUACCUGUGACAUCAUGCUUCACAGGGACCACAAGAAAGACGGGAGAGCCCCUUCCCCUUACUGGACGAUGGUGAAGCAAGACAAGGACAGCUCCUCCUCCUCCUCGGCCUCAGACGUGUUCUGGCUGGAAGACUAUGCUCACGCUGAAAAGGGCAAGGGUCAACCUGCAUCAAAAGUUGGUUAAUAGUUUGCAAAUCUGAGAUUGUAGGAGCAUCUCCCUGGAAAACACCCAGUUUUUAUGCACUGCCACGUCCAGCUUUGCUGCACUCACAGAAAUACAUGCAGACUUACUCAGUUUUUAUCAGCAACUGCUGUGAAGCCUUGUCACCUCUUCAAUGGGAUGGCCAAGACUUCCCCGGGUGCCACAAGAGGCCUCACAAAUUUUAUUCUCAAAACAGCAUCACUCAGAUUAUGAAGACCCUCCUUUUUGAGAAUGUCUCAUCUUUUAGAAAAUGCAGUAGAGCAGCUCGGUACCAGAAUGUGUGAACAGUAGAGAAUGUUACAUUUUAAGGUAAGUACCAAAUUGUUUAGAUGUUUAGUUCCUCUUGUUUUGCAAACUUCAAGUGCUCUACUUAAAAAAAAUAGAGAUUUUUUGGCUAGUUGUUCAUAUUAGAGUUUUUCUCCUUUUUUGCCCUAUUUUUACUUUGAAUAUUGGGUUGAUAGUUAAUGAGGGAGAGGGAGAUGAGGGAAAGCAAAGCUCUGCAUAGCAAAGAUAAGGCAGAUAUGUAAAAUGAAGCAGUGGGAACACAGGACACAACUGGUAGGGAAUUUUUGUUUUUCAGAAAUAACUCUAUUGCACCUUGGCCGGUGUGGCUCAGUUGGCUGGGCGUUAUC